UCAUCAUAUGUAAAGCUAGCUCCCAGUGAUUAGCCACGUCAUGUAAACUUAGCAGUGGAGCGGCUGUGAUAUCAGGGUAGUCGGGAGGUCGCAGUUUUUUGGGGGGGGAUACUGGUUCAUUUUAAGAGAGGAGCUCUUGUUUCAGGGUUAUAACUGGGCAGAGAAAAGAUGUCAGAUAUCGGGGACUGGUUCAGAAGCAUCCCUUUCAUCACCCGGUCCUGGUUUGCUGCCUCGAUUGCUAUUCCCUUUAUUGGGAAACUCGGAUUGGUGGAUUUCAAGCACCUCGUGCUUGUCCCAGAGUUGGUCUUCAACAGAUUUCAUCUCUGGAGACCAGUGACAGCCACUCUUUAUUUCCCAAUAACACCUAAUACUGGGUUUCUGUACCUGGUCAACUUGUAUUUCCUCUACCACUACUCCAGUCGGCUAGAGUCAGGGGCGUUCGAUGGCAGACCUGCAGACUAUAUCUUCAUGCUCUUCUUCAACUGGAUCUGCAUUGUUAUAACUGGGCUGCUGAUGAACAUACGGCUCCUGAUGAUCCCACUGAUCAUGUCAGUGUUGUACGUCUGGGCUCAGUUCAACAAAGACAUGAUUGUGUCCUUCUGGUUCGGAACACGAUUCAAGGCACAUUAUCUACCGUGGGUCAUCCUGGCCUUCAACUUCAUCAUUGGAGGCUCUUUUGUGAAUGAACUGACAGGAAACCUGGUGGGUCACCUCUACUUCUUCCUCAUGUUCAAAUACCCAAUGGACUUGGGUGGACGCUCCUUCCUCUCCACACCAGAGUUUUUGUAUCGGUAUUUCCCUAAUCGGAGAGGAGGGGUGUCAGGCUUUGGAGUCCCUCCCAGCAGGAGACCAGCUGCCCAGGAGCAGGCAGGAGCAGGCGGGGGAGGACGCCACAAUUGGGGUCAAGGCUUCCGCUUGGGGGGUGAAUGAGAGGAGGCAAGAGGAGAUAGCUACACCCUCCUCCUUAGGUCCCAAUAAGAAAUGGCCGUGCAGCUGAUGAUUCAGGUUAAGACGCUUGCCUCUUCACAUUCUUCUCUGUUUGAAGGAAUGAAAACCUUAACCAUAAUUAAUUCAACUUCUUGUUUAGUUUUAAAGGAUAUAACAUGAUGAAAUUUGAGGAAGCACGCGUUUUAAUCAAGAAAGCAGCGCACAGCAGGACUCAGGCUCUGGCUAUAGGCUCAGUUCACCAAGCAAAGCCAGCUCUGCUAUUACUACUACUGCGGAUGUGUCCAUGUGGAGCAGAUAGAAGAAAAUAUGAAUAAAUAAAAAAAAAACAUUUCUUCUUUAUUUUUUAAAAGUGAUGAUUCUUGAUCUCCCCUCUACUACUUCCUUUCUGCCCUCGUCUUUUCACCCCUCCUCCGCCUUUUCUCCACACCCUGCCAUUGGACUGUCAAGACAAGAGAUGCUGCAGCUGCACACCAGCGUGCUGUUGAUUUUGAUUCUUGUGUUCCUGUCCUCUCUGUCUCUCUGUGUUGCCAUAUCAGAUUACAUUGUAAUUACCAACGCACUGGGAGUGUGCUCUCAGCCAUCCCUUCACAGAACAUGCGCAAAGCUAUUUAGAGAGCACUGUUUCCAGGUCUGAAUUUACAUGGGUGUAAAAUGUUUUUAAGCCCCUGUGGCACAGGCCUGAUCUAUUCUCUGUGAUCUGAACCAAACUGCGGUGAAAAUGGGAUUUUGCUUUUUUUUUUUUUUUUUUUUGUAAAUAUAACAGUUGUUUAUUGAAAGAACUAGUGAGUCUAAGUGUAUGUUUAUCUUAAUAUUCAUUUUUCCAACACUUGAAUAAAACCUUUCUCAAGA